AUGCCCAACAACACCACAAUCACUGGUCUCAGCAGGAAAGCAUCACUCCCCCAACCCAGUCUAAUGUCUCAGAACCACCGUAUGCCCUCAUCGACAACGGCUGCCGCAAGACGUUCUGCCGCCAGGAGAAGAACAACCAUACCCAGCACUACCACUACCACCACCACAACAAACAACAACAUUAAAGUAUACGUCCGUUGCAGGUCUCGUAACGAACGAGAGAUCCAGGAAAAGAGCUCCGUCGUCAUCUCCACCCUGGGUGCCCCCCAAUCCACGCAAUUGCUUCUCUCCAACCCGCUCCUCCCACUCGCAUACGCCAAGAGAACAUACACGUUCGAUCGUGUCUUUGGUGCUGAAUCAGACCAGGAAUCUGUCUUCAAUGAUGCCGCCAAGAACUACAUCCACGAGAUGCUCGAGGGCUACAACUGUACCGUGUUUGCUUAUGGACAGACGGGCACGGGGAAGACUUACACCAUGUCCGGGGACCUGAAUAUCCUUGGCGGUGAUCUCGACUCCAACACAAUGGUCCUCCUCGGUGAACAUGCCGGUAUUAUACCGAGGGUCCUGGUGGAAUUGUUUAGAUGGUUGGAUGGUAAUGAAGGGUAUUCUGUGAAAGUAUCAUUUUUGGAAUUGUAUAAUGAAAGAUUAAAAGAUUUAUUGGCAUCCGAGCAAUCAGAGGAGGAAAAUAUUAGAAUCUUCGAUAAUGUUAGUGCAUCAUCGUCUAUUAUGGUGAAGGGAAUGGAGGAAAUUUAUAUUAACUCUGCACAUCAAGGAUUGCAAUUGUUGAUGGAUGGGUCCAUAAAGAGGAAAGUGGCCGCUACGAAGUGUAACGAUUUAUCAUCAAGAUCACAUACCGUGUUCACCAUAACAACAAACAUUACCAAACUGGACCCGGUUUCAGGGGAACAAUACGUGAAGACAGGGAAGUUAAAUUUGGUGGAUUUGGCUGGUAGUGAAAAUAUUAAUAGAUCAGGUGCAGAGAAUAAGAGGGCACAGGAGGCAGGACUCAUUAAUAAAUCAUUAUUGACAUUGGGUCGUGUCAUUAAUGCCCUGGUGGAUCAUACUCAACAUAUACCAUAUAGGGAAUCCAAAUUGACUCGAUUACUACAGGAUUCAUUGGGUGGUAAGACUAAGACGUGUAUUAUUGCUACCAUUUCACCAGCAAAGAUAUCCAUGGAUGAAACUAUUAGUACGUUGGAGUAUGCAACAAGAGCCAAAUCCAUUAAGAAUACUCCACAAGUGAACCAAUCCAUGUCCAAGGACUCAUGUAUUAAUGAGUACGUUCAUGAAAUUGAACGAUUAAGACAAGAAUUGAAAACUUCAAGACAAAAGGAUGGGAUAUCCAUCACACAGGAUCAAUUCGAUCUUUAUGAAAGUAAUGGAAUUUUAGUGGAUGAACAAAAGACCAAGAUACAAAACAUGGAGGAACAAAUUCAAAGAUUUAAGGAUAAAUACGUGAAACAAACAGAAUUAAAUAAAAAUUUGGAAAGUAGAUUAAAACAAAAUGAAUUACAAACGAUACAAUUAAAAUCUCAAAGAACACAAUUAUUAUCACUCUUGGAAAAUUUCCAAUCAAAUUCCAAUCAUUACAUUGAAAGAGUCACUAAGAUCCAUGAUUCUAACACACACCUUAUUCAACAAUUAGCACAACAACGUAGUGAACUGCAUAAUGGCUCCAUCACAUAUGUUAAAAGUGUAACAGAAGCCAUGUCGGGAAUAUCUGAUCAACAAAAGGAGUUAUCUGAACUACGAAACGUAUUACAAUCUUAUAAUGAUAAAUUUAAACAUGUGAUCACAGGCAUCUUUACCGAAUUGGAAGAUAAAGUUAAGGAUACAAGAAAAAGUACUCUCGAACCGUUAACCUCAAUGAACUUAAGAUUAAUUUUGGAUAUGAUUGGUGAAUUAAGGGACGACAUAUCUACAAGAUUUGAAAUGUUGAAAAAACCAAGAACUGAAGACACAACUAAGAUAUUUAAGGCACAUCAAGAUAUAAUUGAAACUUGCUUUUCUCACAUAAAUGAAUAUUGUGAUUCCAUGGAAAAAGUACUCACAACAUCAAUAAACCAAUUUCAAGCACAUUCUUUACCAUCCAGUUUUGACAUAUUUCAAGAUAAAACAAAGAAAGAACUAGAUGAAUUGAUGAAUAUAAUCAAAACUCAAAAGCAAUAUGCGAUGAACUUAGAACAACAGAUUAUAGAAGAAAAGAAAAGAUCCAAAAGGUUAAACAUUCAUAUAAAGGAACUGCAAUCAUAUUUUGAAGAAUUCGUCACUCCUCAACGACAAACGAUGUUUCAAACCAUUAUAGACAUGAUAGAGAAUAGCAGACAGAAGCAACACGAGGUAGACAUGACCAUCCUUAAUAAAUCUCAAGCUAUACUUUCCAAUAUGGAUAUGGAAUCCAACGCAACAAACGAAAAGAAUCUCCAAAAAUUACAAAUACAAUCUUCAAAUUCACUUAAUAUUAUUGACAAGAAUCUACAUGAACUUCCUCAAAAGUUUGAACUCAUGUAUUCCAAGGAAAAGUUAUCGUUACAAGAUAAACUUGCUGACAUCCCUCUAUCUUCAUCUAUGAGGAAACUCACAGAAAUACUUGAAAAAAUGUCCAGUGAGGAAACCAGCAAACCAGUUUCUAUGGCCAUUAAAGAUCAUGCCCAGAGUUUGGAAACAUCUAUUUUUGAUGCUGAUGCUCAAAUUAAGUCUUUGGUAGAAAAGUUAUCCACAAUGGCAGGGAGAGAUUUCACCGAGAAAAGAAAUGAACUACAAUCAAUUUCCCAAACUCUAGACCAGCUUUAUAAAUAUAUCUUGCAUGAUUAUAAAGGUAAUGUUACCCAAUUAUACGAAACCCAAUCUGAUAUUAUGAGCAAUCAUUGUACAGGAGUCGAUAAGAUUGUUGAUUCUUUGGAUGUCCCCAUUAAAGCUUAUUCCAAACCAAAAUAUCCUCCUACAUUAUCCGAAACAACCAUUAAUGAACUUCCUGAGUUUCAAAUCCCCGAAAAUGUACACAUAUUUACUGAUCUGAAAAAAGAUAUACAAAAUCAUUCUCAUUCACCAAACCAAAAAAGCAUUGUGGAUGUCUUAUCUAAUGUACCAAGCACACCUGUUCCCAUUCCAGAUCAACCUUUACCAAAAGUUUUGGUGCCGAAAAGUAUAAAUUCAAAUACCAAGAGGGCACAUACUCUGCCAUCCACUUUCAAAAACAAGUUAAACAAGAAUUUAGCACUUAAUAAUUUGAAAAGACGAUUUACGGAAGAACCCACUCAGGAUCAUGGCAUAGAGCAUGACAAGAAGGUUAAAGUGGAUACAGAUUAG